AUGGAAGCGGAAAUCGAAGCGCUGUGCUCGAUUUGGGAUGGUGUCCACGUGGCAGAAGCGUCUGGAAAUAAUGAAGAACGUCAUCUGAAGCACAAAAUCAAAUCACUGGAGGACGAGAUGAUGUCGGCGUCGGUGGUGAUUGAGAUGACCAUUUUUAGCGGGUACCCAUCAGUUCCUCCCCGAGUGGUUCUCUCGAAUCCACGUGGCAUCGGCGAGCCGGAAUUCCAAGAGCUUCAGAGGCAAAUUCGGCGAAUUGUUGAAGAGAAUUCCGACGAAAUGCCGAUUAUCUGUGAAAUUUUUCAGCACUGCUGUGACUAUCUGGCUGAAAACCAGCACACCAACAUGGACUGUUCGAUAUGUCUUCUGUGUCUAUCCACGUCACCAAUCCAUGUGACCCAAUGCGAUCAUUUUAUGCAUGCCACGUGUUUCUGUCGGUACCUUCAGGAAUGCUCUGAUGGGUUUCAGAAGGAGAUUCAGGACGCACAGCCACAUAUGAAGGAAAAAGUGGUGACGAACAUCCUCUGUCCUGUGUGCCGUGAGCAACUAACCGACGCCAACACAAUUCACAACUAUCGUCAGAGUAUUGAAGAAAUGAAACGCCAAACAAAAAAGAAUCAGAAGACGUUGAGCGCCAAGAAGCGACGAAUCAGCACGACGACAGAAGACGUUCAGAAAACAAUGAAGACGUGGAAAGAGGAGCAACGUCGUCUGACGAAGAUUUUUGAGAAGCAGAAGAAGAAAGGAGGGAUUAUUGAUGUGGAGGAGGACAAGAAGCGCCGGGAAUUCUAUAUUGAAGUUGGGAAUUCGAAUUCCGAAAAUCCAGUGGACGAAGUUUUCGAGGAAGAAGACAAAUAA